GAAGGAAGAAAAUUUGACGUCAGCCCUCAAAAGUGAAAACUAAAGGGAAACAGCAUCACAUCAACAUUUAGAUUCCAGACUGCAGGUCAGACCGAGGAGCACAGUUCUCUAUUCAGUACUGCAGAAUCAAAAGGUCAAACCUACUGUUUCAAACCGUUUAGAACACUCACCACUGAGUUGACAAACUUGACAAUGGCACACAACAAAUUCUUCAUCGUUGUCCUAUUUUUUCUGUGCAACUUGGCUGUGGCGCUCACAGAGAGCACUGUGUCUUGCUACAGGAUCGAGCCGGGGACAAUAGCAGGCAUCAUCUGUGCAGAUGUGCUGCUGACCCUUAUCAUUGUCAUUGUCACCUACCGAUGUGCCAGUUUAAGGCGUCAGAAGAUAGAAAAUGCUAACAAAGUGUAUAUGAAUGUACGGGCCAACUGCAAGAGCUAAUCUAAAGAUGGUGCAGUACAUUGUGAAAUUAUGUUCAUUUUUUUUAGAUCCUGUUUUGUAAAAAAAAAACAUAUUACAAAAUUCUUUUUUUUUUUUACAUUAAACCUUUGUUGCAAUAAACACAAAUAGAGUGUCUUGCACAUAUUACAUUUCUGCUUAGCCUUACAAGGUGUGCUUGUGGUCUCCAUCUAUCUGCUUGGAGUUAUUUUGCAAAACCUAAUAAACAAGAGGUGUGUCAGACUGUUUAAACUAAAUCAUGUUCACCAACCUCGGAAAUAAAAUAUCUCCUAAUGCUUUCAAGUUUCAUGUAAUGUUGGCACUGUAACACCACCAUACAGCACCCUCUGCAGUUGACUUUCGGUAGCACAAUGCUGUAUUUCAAUAGGCCCUAAAGAUUUUAUGUAGAAAUAUUUUCAUUAUCAAAGGCUACAUUGAUACAAGUGAUUUCCAAAAAUAGAAGACAGACCCAGUGAUUUUACAUGGAUGUUUUACAGUGUAGCAUCUGACAAACCACUGAGUUGAUUAUGUAUUAAAAUAAAUGUUGAUUCAUUUUCAGCUUUAGCAUAUUAAUUAAAUAAAAAACAUGUAUAGAAUACUUCAAUGUCUGGUAAGAUUUUUGUUGAAUGGACAUUCAAUAGAUACUAUUUUUGUUUAUCUGUAUGUGUUUGAUUGGUUUACAUUGGUUUGUUUUCUAGGUGGGUUAUCUCAAGGUUUUCUGUUUUUUCUCCUCACAAAUACUUCUUCUCAUCUAUUUUAUCAUGGAGGUGACAUUUGAGCAGUGUGACCUGAUUAUAUUUGGGGCCGAUGAUUAAAUCUUGCUGUGUUUGUUGAGAUAAUACUGUGGUUAAACGUCUGCCUUUUCAGUCACAAAGAACAUGUUGACCAAACCCAAUUCCAUAUCUUUGUAAUAUCUGUCUGAUGAUCUACUCUAUAGGUGCACUGUGUUGUUUCAGUUAAUGCAGCGGUAACACUUUUGGAUAAAUAACUCCAUGUGAUUUUUCAAGAGGAAUUGGAUUGGAAGGUUUAUAGCUAAACUGUCUCUUCUCACUUUUACAAAAUGUGGGAAGUUGUUGCAGUGCAGUUGUGCAUGAGGAAUCUCCCUUAGCUUUUAAUUGUGUAGAGUUAACUAUUGGACUUAAGGACACCUUUCGACACCAUUGCAUUAGACAGUUGGCAGCUUAAGUCCCAUUUGGAAAUAAAUCUCUUUUCUCCUGUCCUGUUAUCAGCCCCAUAAUCUGAGUGCCUCAAGGUUCAAUUCUGGGACCAAUCAUGCUUUCAUUGUACAUCCCUGUCUUUCCCUGUUUCGUUGAUGACACCGAAACCUACCGUUUAUCUCCCUGUGAAAUCCAGAAAUUGCACCUCACCCGUUUGGUUUUCUAAUUGAUACUAAACUAAUGUCCUUCAACUCUCACCUGGGGGCAUCCUACUGCUGGCCUUCAUGGGUUUAAGACUGUCUGAUUGCAAGGUCGCUGGUUUAAGUCCAGCUAAUUCUAAUUCUUUAUUGGUAAAUCUGUAGUUAAAGUGACAGGCUAAAAAACGGAAUUGUAGUGUCGUGAUCAUGAUUAAGUAAACAUUACUUCUUCAUUACUUCAUUAUGUUCAUGGCCCUUCAGAUAAAGUGCUAAUCUGGUCCAUCUUUAACAUUGAUAAAUAAGAUAUGAUUUAUGGUGGCAUAUGCAGCAAUCAUCUUUGUAAUCCCUCAAAUAAAAAAAUCUUGUCAAGACAUCUCAGGUUUACAGACACUUAGAAGUAAGUAAAAAGUUAAAUUCAUAAAUAUCCUACUUAGAUAAGCAUUGUUCUCAGGCCAUACUGUUUAAGUGCCUUAUGUUGUUGUGAAUAAAGCAACUGUUAAAAUGCAUCUGCAGUAUACUGUAUUUUGUGUAAAUGUAGAGACCUUAGUAUCAUUUUGCAAACUUACUCAUUUCAUUCUUAAUACAUUUAAUUUGAUGCCACCUUGAAUCAAAUGUUAUUCAUCAAUGUUAAAGAUGGACCAGGUCAGCACUUUAUUUGAAGGGCCACAAACAUGAAGUAAUGAAGAAGUAAUGUUUACUUAAUUAUGAUCACAACACUACAUUUCCGUUUUUUCUUUAACUACAGAUUUACCACUGAAGAAGACAUGAACAUCAUUAAUAAAUCAGAAAUAAUGAUGAUUGAAAUAACUUAAUUGAUGCAUUAAUUAACAUAUUGUUUCUGCAUUAAGUCAUGCAUGAGAUACUAUUAAUCCUUGUACAUUACUGAUAGUUCAAUGAAUUCUGGCUUUUUCAUGCAUAAAGUCAUGCAUGAAUUCAUGGUAAUUCAUGUACCCUUAUUAUAAAGUGUUACCAAUUUUUUUAUUACAUGUAACUUUUCAUAUUCAUUUAUGUAGUAUUUCCUGAGGUAUCAGUUUGUUGAACACUUUGCUAUAUUAAUAAAUAAAUUGUUAUU